AUCUCUCCCUCUGUCUCUCUUCGCUCUUUCUCCUCCCGUGUUCAGACCGUGCGAAGAUCUCGUCGAUGGUGGUAAGGGGGAGACCUCGGGAGAGAAAGAAGGUUCGUCUACAUGAUAGAAUUUGUCCACGAUAACGAACUUGACGCAAAAGAAACUUGGGUUGCUCUGCAUCUUCGUCCCGUCUCCGAUCUGCGUAAAAGAGGAAGGAGACGGUGAACGGUGGGAAGGGGAAAGGGCGGUAAAGAUCGAUGGCGGGGGCCGCCUCGGCUCUUUUCCUCCUCGACAUCAAGGGGCGCGUUUUGGUGUGGCGCGACUACCGCGGGGAUGUGUCGGCGUUGCAAGCAGAGCGCUUCUUUAUGAAGCUCAUAGAAAAGGAGGGUGACCCAGAUUCUCAAAGUCCUGUUGUGUAUGAUAAUGGAGUGACGUAUAUGUUCAUUCAACACAACAAUGUUUAUUUAAUGACGGCUUCAAGGCAGAACUGCAAUGCGGCUAGCCUUCUCCUGUUUCUGCACAGAGUAGUUGAUGUCUUCAAGCAUUACUUUGAGGAGUUAGAAGAGGAAUCUCUCAGAGAUAAUUUUGUUGUUGUGUAUGAAUUACUUGAUGAAAUGAUGGACUUCGGAUACCCGCAAUAUACUGAGGCAAAGAUUCUGAGUGAGUUCAUUAAGACCGAUGCUUACAGGAUGGAAGUUACACAACGUCCUCCCAUGGCUGUCACAAAUGCAGUUUCAUGGCGCAGUGAAGGAAUAAAAUACAAGAAAAAUGAAGUGUUCCUGGACGUGGUUGAAAGUGUCAACAUACUUGUUAAUAGCAAUGGUCAAAUUAUUCGCUCUGAUGUUGUUGGUGCACUGAAAAUGAGAACAUAUUUAAGUGGAAUGCCUGAGUGCAAACUAGGAUUGAACGAUCGUGUACUCUUGGAGGCUCAAGGGCGAACAACAAAGGGCAAAGCAAUUGACCUGGAUGACAUAAAGUUCCACCAGUGUGUGCGCUUGGCCCGUUUUGAGAAUGACCGCACCAUAUCUUUUAUCCCUCCCGAUGGGUCGUUUGACUUGAUGACAUACAGGCUCAGUACUCAGGUAAAACCUCUGAUAUGGGUGGAAGCUCAAGUUGAAAGACAUUCAAGAAGCCGUAUAGAAUUCAUGGUUAAGACUAGAAGCCAGUUCAAGGAAAGGAGCACUGCUACAAAUGUUGAGAUUGAGCUUCCUGUACCUUCAGAUGCGACCAACCCUAAUAUAAGAACCUCAAUGGGUUCUGCUGCAUAUGCUCCUGAAAAUGAUGCACUAGUUUGGAAAAUAAAGUCGUUCCCUGGUGGAAAGGAGUACAUGUUGAGGGCACAGUUCAGUUUACCGAGCAUAACCUCUGAAGAAGCAACUCCAGAGAAGAAGGCUCCUAUUCGUGUGAAGUUUGAAAUCCCAUACUUUACUGUUUCUGGGAUACAGGUCCGAUACUUGAAAAUCAUUGAAAAAAGUGGAUAUCAGGCUCUUCCAUGGGUGAGAUACAUAACCAUGGCUGGAGAAUACGAGCUGAGACUCAUGUAGGAUUUUGUCUGCAUUACGUUAUUGGCUUGCUUUUGACAUCCAAGGAAAAAUGUAUUUGAGUAUGUAUGUUAUCUGUGAACAGGCUGAUCAAGCUCUUCUUCCUUUUUUUCACUUUUCUUCCUAACAUUCGGCUGCGGGGGUAUUGAUCCCCUUUUUUCUGUCAUCAUUUUUUAUAAUCAGUUUCAUGUUCCGGGAAUUAAUUUCA